AUGAUAUCAAGAGAAGCUGAAAUCGUGCAUCAAGGCAGGUGAAUCAAAAUGCAUGAAGUAAAGAUUCGAAAAAGAAACAGCAAAGAGACUAUUUGAUAUUAUGUGUCCAGAAAUAUAUCCAACCCAAAUCUAAAUUUCGACUGUGUCGAUGUUUUGGCUACCAUAAUGGAAAAUGACAUAAACAAAUUAAUUUUGAUUGCUUGCUACCGAGUCCCUGUAGACAGAUACGUGCUUGAAUUCCCAUCAGGCCUUGUAGACUCGAGUGAUUCUUCAGCUGCAAUCACUGCCCUAAGAGAGCUUAAAGAAGAGACUGGAUAUACGGCGCACGAAGAAGACAUAAUUCAUAUAGGGCCAGUUAUCAAUCUUGACCCUUGAAAAAGCACAGAAAGUACAAGAUUUGUUUAUAUACGAGUUAAUCCAGAUUCAGAAGAAAACAGAAAUCCACAUCAAGACCUAGAAAACGAAGAGCUUAUAACAGUUGAGUUAGUUCCUACUGAAAAUUUGCUUGAAAAUCUACUGAUACUUUCCGAACAAAAAAAUAAUUAUUCAUUUUUUGGUUAAUAAUGGAAAAAAAAUAUUUUUUUUUGAAAAAAGUUCAUUUUUAUGUAAUAAAAUAUACAUUAUAUCAGCAAAUCUUUAUAAUUUUGCAUUAGGACAUCAAAGAAAAAGAUAA